AUGAACGUUUCUUCUUCUUCUUUUUCAUCUCGUGCAACCCACCAAGACGUGACCAUUCUCACAAAAGACAAUUAUUUACUGUCUGCAAAAGUAUACGAACCGUCCACCCCACCCACUUCUGAUAGAUUUAAAAAGACAGCCAUUGUUGGAAGUGCCAUUGGAGUCAAAAUGAGUUUUUAUCAUGAUUUUGCAUGCUUUCUUCAACAAAAUGGAUACAGAGUGGUCCUAUUCGAUUAUAGAGGUUGCUUUGAAUCGAAAAAUUUACUGUACAACAAAUACAAUUUGCAUUUACCUCCCACGGAUUUAAUUUCUUGGGGAAAGUUUGAUAUUCCAGCAGUGAUUGAUUAUGUAGAACAAAUAGACCAAGCUGCAACUUCCAAUUAUAAUCGCCACAACACAACGAAAGAAUCUCAUGUAGUCAUGAGUGACGUUGUUUUUAUUGCACACUCCAUUUCUGGAAAAAGUAUUUGCUUCACGCCAAAGCAUUAUCUCAACAAAAUUUGUGCCAUAGUUUGUGUCGCUUCACAGAGUGGGAAUUUUACACAUCAAACACGAAUCCUUUCGAAAAUGCUCUUUUUCUUUGUUUGCUAUUUGUUUUGUCCCAUAAUGACUCCCAUGGUUCACACACUACCAAUUUGGACCAUGCCAAGUGAUUGUGCAAAACAAAGUGCACAAUGUGGAAGAUAUUCUGAGGAAGUUUUUGGAGCCUUUCCGAAGGAAACUAGCGAUCUACAACAGUACCUUAAUUGCCCAGUGCUAUUUUAUGCAUUAAGGCAUGAUAUUUUGGGUGAUGCUGCCGCUGUUAAAUUUAUUUUCAAUUAUUUCACUGUAAAUAACAUGAAAAAUUACAGACCUCUGCAUGAACCAACUUCAACCAUUGGUCAUAGAGACUACCGAACAGUCACUGAGGUGUUGGCUGAUCGAGCGAACCUGUAUCACUUUCUGCAUCACUUUAUUUACUUGAAUAGAUCAUUGGGAAAGCGGUUGGGACAUUUUGGAUUUUUCAAAAAACAGAAAGGAAUGAUGAGUGGAGUGUGGCAUCACUUGUUGACGUUUAUUGAUAAUGCUGUGGAUAGGAAGAGACGAGAAAGAGAUUCUUCAACCACCUCGCUGGAUGGUCCUCAUUCUCUUCCACCUCUUAGACAUUCAAAGCUGUAA